AUGAUGUCCGAGGAAAGAGACAUUCGUAAGUUUGUUGUGAGGCAACUACGUCAGUGUCCCGACCUCAGUAAUUUAACAGUCGGAAUACUGCGGCGGAGGUAUUUAGAGCACAUUGGCUGUGAAUCCCUCGCACCUGAUGGCAAACAGUUACUGAAACGAAUUGUUGAAGAGGAGCUUUUGAAGAUGCAGGAAAGCAGUGAUGAUGAACCUCUUGUGAAGUACACAGCCUCUAAAAAGAAACGAAAGAGGGAGGAAGAAGAAGAAGAGGAAGAAAAUGAGAAUGAAAGUUUGGAAGAAAUGAAUACUGAAGAUGUGGCAAAGAGGAAGAAAUCUAGGCUUGAAAUAUCUCCACCAGACUCCCCCGACUCCGGAAUAGAGAGAGCAGCAAACGAAGGAGGACAGAAAGACGAGGGCGCGGAGGAGACGAGCGAGGAGGAGGCGGAGGAGGGGAACAACGAGGAAAACGAAGGGACGAAAAAGAAAAGCGCAAAGAAAGGGGACGGAAGAGUGAAACAGAAGGCGAAAGCGGUUAGGCCGGGAAAGGGGGGAGAGGAAAGAAAGAAACAGAAGAAAAGAGGGAAUUAUCCAGACAGCGAGGAGGAGGAGGAGGAGGAGCCUGAGGGCUCUGGAGAAGAGGAGGGAGACGUGAGAAAAGGGAGGAGCGAGAGUAAAAGGAAAGAUGGAUCGCGUUCAGACAGCGAGCGAGAGGAAAAGAAGGAGAUAAAAGAGAAAGCACGAAGGACUGAGUCCGGCGAUUCCGAGGAUGACUCUGAGAACGAGACAAAAGAGAAAACCGCAAGGGCGAAACAAAGGAGGCCACAAAAAGAAGCAGACAAGUCAAGGCGGAGCGUCGCUGAGCGCAAAAAGCAAAAACAGGUCGCCGAAAGUGACUCUGAGAGUCACGGAGAGGAUGAGGAAGAGGAAGAGGAGAAACAGAGAUCCCCCGAGAAGAAAGGAAAGAAGCAAGCCUUAAAGCAGGAGGAGAGCGACUCCUGUAGCGAGAGCGACGGAGAGGAGAACAAAAAGAAAGAUGCCGCAAACAUCUCCUCCAGCGACGAAGAGAAAGACGAGAAAGACAACAACGAAAAGAAAGAAAUGGCUGAGGACUCUGACUCCUCUUCCCUUCCGUCUCUGGAGGACGAGGAGGAGGAGGAGGAGGAGAAGAAGGAGAAAACGAAGCAGGGGGGUACGAAAGACAGGAAAAAGAACGUCGCGAAGAACCAAAAAAAGGAGGAGGAGAGGGAGAAAACAGCCAGAGGAGGAAAGGAUGAGGAACAUAAAGCGAUCACAAGGCUAAAGCGAUACAUUAGUCUUUGCGGCGUCCGGCGGAACUACAAGAAACUCUUCGAGGGGUGUCGCUCUGUCAAGUCAAAGGUCGCCGUGUUAAAGACAGAGCUGGAAGAACUGGGUGUGAAAGGCCAACCAUCCAUAGAGAAGUGUAAGAAGGCACGGCUGAAGAGAGAGGAAGCCCAGGAACUGGCAGAACUGGAUAUAAGUAAUAUUAUAACAACCAAAGGACGUCCUAAGCGUAGAACCGCGUCCGUUUGGCCUCCGUCUCAGGAUUCACUCCCUCCAUCCUCGUCCUCGUACAAGCGCACGGUGGACUCGGACUCGGACUCGGGCAGCGAAGACAGCCACAAAGACGCGGGCCGCAAGAAGGCCGUCGCCUGGAGCAACUUACGAGGAAUCAUUAGCGACGACGCCGACAGCGAUUAG